AUGACCACUUUACAGACAAUUGGUGUUGACACAUCACUUUCACCAGCAUAUGAUUUUGAAUCAUUAGAAAAUAUUAAAUCGGCUACUUCACGUGAGUUGGAAUUUGUUUCUUAUAAAGAUGCACUUAUUCAAUGGAGCAUAUGUAAGAAUACAGAUGAAUUGGACCCUAGCACCACAGAAAUUGCCUCGGACGGUGGUCCACUAAGGGAUUUGUCAGGAAACGAUAAACAAUUUUUAAAAAAUUCUGAAAAUGUAUACAUGGAACUGGUGGACUAUGACGACGAUGUAGAAUUUGUUAUUGAUGAGCAUGCUUCUUUUUGUUCUAAUGGAAUUAUUGUAACCGAAAAUGAUCGGGAAAUAAAUGUUAAGAUUGAUUUGGAGAUCUCUCUAAAAGAUUUUGAUAUCAAUUUUCAAGUUUGCAAUGGAACCCUAGCAAUUUUUGGAUCUAAAAAGAGUCUCGAUUCGUCAAUUACUACAUUCGUGGGUGAACGCAGAUAUAAAUCAUUUUGUCAUCCAGUUAGAUUACCUCCAAAUGUUAACACUAAUAAGGUUUCUUCAACAUACAUCGAGGGAAAGAUGCACAUUAAAGUUCCAAAGGAUGGUUCUGAUAUAAUUGAAAAGUCGUUGGUAGCGGAAUAUUGCGCAAUUUGUAAAUGGAAAGAAUGUUUAAGUAAAUAUUUUCCAGGUGUUUCAUAUAAAGACGAAUAG